AUGAACAAUCUGCAGGAAAAUAGUGCAGCUUCUCCUGCCUCUCCUUCUGUGAAAGACCUUGAGAAGAUUUUGUAUGGAGUCUUUAAAAUUGCUCUUGAUGGCUUAUACAACAUAAUCAGCCUAGAUCAAUUACCAGUUAGAAAGACUGAUUGCUUUUUUCUUUGUAGGUCAGUAGCUAAUGAUCGCUACAGCCUGUGGAAGCUGGGAAUCACCCAUGUUGUGAAUGCAGCUCAUGGGAAGACGCACUGUCAGGGGAGUCACUACUUCUAUGGAUCCACCGUGGAUUAUUAUGGAGUGCCUGCAGAUGACUCACCGUCUUUUGACCUCUCUCGAUAUUUCUUUCCCUCUGCUGAGUAUAUUCAUAACGCACUUGACACGACAAGUGCUCGAGUUCUCGUCCACUGUGCUGUUGGCGUGAGCAGGUCUGCCUCCAUCGUCCUGGCCUACCUAAUGAUCCACCACAAUUACACGCUCCUAGAUGCAAUCAAUAAGGUCAAAGAGCGCAGGUGGAUCUUCCCAAACAGAGGAUUCCUUAAACAGCUUCGUGCUUUGGAUAUGAAACUGCAAAAGACUUCAUGACCGCUUCAAAAAAUAAAGAUCUUCUAAUGCACAUAACCUCAAAACAGCUUUUUCUCCAGACAAAUGAGAGACUUGAUGACUGUGUCAGUUGAAGGAAAUGCUGUGCUUUGACUUUAAUCAGUUUGUUUCAGGAAUGGAAUCUAAUCAAAUGUAUUUCCCCCACAACUCUGGCGCUGUGUUUGAUGUGAAUUAUGCGGCAUCUCUAUAUAAUAUCGACCCGCGUCUUAAUAGGAGAUCAAUGUAAUGAACUCUCCUCUGGGCAGAAUCAAUUUAAGGGACUGAAUAUGAGAUAUUGUUUUUAUUUAACCUUAGUGUUGUGUUGAAGAAGCUUUUAUCCAAUGUGCUGCAGGUGAAAUUAAUCUGCAGUGUGUUUUCA